AUGUCCAAGUCCAACUCGUGCUUCAACGCCCUCGUCGCGCGCGCCGCCCGCACCGUGUCGACGCCUGCCGGCCUCGACGGCGGCCUCCAGUUCAUGGCUUACACUGGACCCGUAGCUGCCCAGCUUGUCCUCAAGCUCGCCCAGGCUCGCAUUAACCACCCCGUCCUGCAGAAGCUCACUAGCGACACUGGCCGCCUUACCGAGCUCGCCGCCGGCAUCGUUCGCGGUGCUGGGAACGUUAGCGAGGCGCGUGUCAUCAUGCGCGCGUUUGGCCUCAUCCCCAUGCUCGACUGGCUCCUCCGCCUGCACCCCAACCCCGCCAAGGCGCUUGCCAACUUCUUCCUCCGCCCCAGCCUCGCCAACCUCGACCUCAGGAACGAGAAGGUGUUCCAGACUCUCCGCGUCAUCCUCCUCUCCAUCUUCUACGUUGGCGAGCACUCGGUCUGGCUCGGCACCAGAGGCAUCCUCAACCUCACUCCCCAGCAGCUCGGCUUCAUGGGCAAGCUUUCGAUCCGCUCAUGGGCGAUCGACGUCGGCUUGUCGGCAGUCAAGCUCGUCGGCACUUACCGCGGCCUCGUGGCGCGCCAGGCUGCCCUCCAGGCCCAGGGCGAGAAGAAGGUGGAUGCCGAGGAAGCCAAGAAGCUCGCGGCCGAGUUUGCGGCGUGGAAGCGUGCCGCCUGGGUCAACUUCGCCUGGAUCCCGCUCACAAUCCACUGGUCUAUUGGCGGCCUCUGGGAGAACCCGCUUAUCACGGCCGCGAUCGGCUCCGUCGUGUCCGUCGGCAAGCUCAAUACGGCCUGGGCGUCGGUUGCGUAA